AUGGGAUCUGCUUCGACCCUGAGGUCCUGCGAACACCUCACUCCGUCCGCUGACGUCGAUGUCGGCGAACUGGGUCUGACUGGUCCAAGUAAGCCCUGUGGACAUGUUCACCGUUCUUCCUCAAUCACGAAAGGCUUGGUCCAGAUGCGGAACGAUAAGUGGCGCUGGUCUCCCUUACUCGGCCAGCCAAUGACACACGAGCAUGAGCAUCUCGUCUCGACAGAUCGCUCGAUCAUCACGAGUCUGUUCGAAGCUGCCACGAUGCUGCAGGACAAUGGCGGCCUCUCACCCAGGAACAAUGCCUCGCUGGCUGUAGCUAGCUCUGUCACAGAGUUGUGUCCAUUCGUGUUCCUCAGAUACGUGUGGCUCGGCCAAGCCGAGUGGCUUGAGAACGAGACCAGGUCUUUGUGA